UGCAGAAUGGCCCCUGGCUGAGCGUAGAGCUUUGCAGGCACAAGCCCCUCCCUUGGCGCUCGUCCGGAGUAGUUUCUGUUGCAAAUGCCCUAAGUUGGAGAGGGCCCCGAGCUGCAGCAGCCGGUUACGUUAGCGAACGUUAGGCACCGAGAGAAAUGCCACGGCAGAAGGUAACGCCUGGACUGAGGCGCGGCCUCCCCCGAGAGCGCAGUCCGGGUCCUGGAUGGAACCCAUGUUCACCGCGGAUCGUCACGAGGUGCUCGCCGCCAGCGCCAUGCUCUCCAGGUAGGACACGCCCGCCCGCGGGGCAGGCGCACCUCUGCAGUGGGGCAGCGGGAAGCAUCUUCUCGCCUGAACAUGGAGAGAUAAGGCGCCCUCCGGCAGGCAGGCCCGCGUGACCAGGAGCUGUGCCCGCCGCGGCCGUCGAAAUGGAGCGCUCCCGGGAGGCCGAGGCGGAGCUGAGAGGGGGCCGCAGCCCGCCCAGGGCCAGCCGGAGCCCCGAGGCGGACGGGGACAGGGCGCUGAGCUACAGCUGCUGUAUCUGCGGCAAGACCUUCCCCUUCCAGAGCUCACUGUCCCAGCACAUGCGCAAGCACACGGGCGAGAAGCCCUACAAGUGCCCCUAUUGCGACCACCGCGCCGCGCAGAAGGGCAACCUCAAGAUCCACAUCCGCGGGCACCGCGCAGGCACGCUCACCCAGGGCCGCGAGCCUGAGGCGGCCGAGACGCGCGUGUCCGAGGGGCUUGGCGGCUGCACCAGCCCCACCAAGAGCACGUCGGCCUGCAACCGCAUCCUGAACGGCGCCACGCAGGCGGACACCGGCAAGAUCCUGCUGCGCAGCACGCGGAAGGAGGCGGAGGGUGCGGUGGCGGGGCAGUGCGCCUUCUGCAAGAGCAGGUUCGAGCGCAAGAAGGACCUGGCGCAGCACGUGCAGCAGGCGCACAAGCCCUUCACGUGCCGCCUGUGCAGCUACGCCACCCUGCGUGAGGAGGCCCUGCUCAGUCACGUCGAGAAGGAUCAUGUCGCGGCGCAGGGGCCUCGCGGAGACGCCUUCGCCGAAAACGGCAAGCCAGAGCUGCCGCCCGGCGAGUUCCCCUGCGAGGUGUGCGGCCAGGCCUUCAGCCAGACCUGGUUCCUGAAGGCGCACAUGAAGAAGCACAGGGGCUCCUUCGACCACGGCUGCCACAUCUGCGGCCGGAGAUUCAAGGAGCCGUGGUUCCUGAAAAACCACAUGAAGGCGCAUGGCCCGAAGGCGGGGAGCAAAAACAGGCCCCGGAGCGAGCUGGAGCCCGUGGCCACCAUCAACGACGUGGUGCAGGAAGAGGUGAUCGUGGCCGGCCUGAGCCUCUACGAAGUCUGCACUAAGUGUGGGAACCUGUUUACGAACCUGGACAGCUUGAACGCGCACAACGCCAUCCACCGCCGGGUGGAGGCCGGCCAACCACGGGCCGCCGUUGGGGAGGGCUCAGCGACUGGCCCUGCCGAUUCCCAGCAGCUCUUCCUUCAGUGCCUGAACCUGCGCCCGGCGGCCGGCACGCCCGCCCGCGGGCAGACUGGGCGGCGCGUGGCCGAGCUGGACCCGGUCAACAGCUACCAGGCCUGGCAGCUGGCCACCCGGGGCAAGGUGGCCGAGCCGGCCGAGUACCUCAAGUACGCGGCGUGGGACGAGGCGCUGGCCGGGGACGUGGCCUUCGACAAGGAGCGACGCGAGUUCAUCCUGGUGAGCCAGGAGAAGCGCAAGCGCGAGCCUGAGCCGGGUGCACAGGGCCCCCCGCGCAAGAGGGUGGGCGCACCCGGGGACCCCGCGCCCGGGCCCCCAGAUCCCCGGCCUGCCGCGCGCCCCAGCCGCCGCGCCGCCGUCCCCGCCGGCCACAGCAAGUCGUCCGAGUGCUUCGAGUGCGGCAAGAUCUUCCGCACGUACCACCAGAUGGUGCUGCACUCGCGGGUGCACCGCCGCGCGCGCCGCGACCGAGAGCGCGACGGCCCCGGGGACCGUGCGCCGCGCGCCCGCUGCGGCUCCCUCAGCGAGGGCGACUCGGCCUCGCAGCCCAGCAGCCCCGGGUCGGGCUGCGCUGCCGCCGACUCCCCGGGCUCGGGCCUCGCUGAUGAGGCUGCUGAUGAGAGCGGAGAGGAGGUCCCGGCCCAUCCCGCAGCAGGGGCAGAGCCACACCGCUGCUGCUUCCCAGAAGACGUCUCCUUGGCUGCGCUCUCCAACGGAGACCAAAGUCACACACUUGGAAACAGCCCAUCAGGAAGAGUGGCCGGGGAGCUUGCCACAGGGAUCGCGGCCUGCGUGUCCGUGCUUGAAAGCAGCAGCAGGGACGCUCCCAGGAGACCCGAGCCGCCUCGGUGUUCUGUGGACUUGAAGACACCAGCGUGUGGCCCCCAGCAGGAGGGCCCGGGCCCCAGGGACGCGGCUGACCUCCCUUCAUGCCCAGCCCAGGUGGCGGGUCUGCAGCCGCCCUCUGAGAGCCAGGCCACCUACCCCCGGGAGAGGCUGCCCGAUUUGCACACCAAGGAGCACCCCACGGUGGGGAAGCGGGCGCCAGCCCCAGACCUGGUCCCACUGGACCUGAGUGAGCGGUCCUCGCGGGACGAUCCCGGCCGCCGGGAGCUGGCCUCCUCGCUGCAGGCGGCGCUGGCCGUGCACCCCUGUCCCUACUGCAGCCAUAAGACCUACUACCCCGAGGUACUCUGGAUGCACAAGCGUGUCUGGCACCGGGUCAGCGGCCAGGCCAUGGCCCCGCAGUGGACUCAGCCCAACGGCUACAAGAGCAUCAGGAGCAACCUGGUGUUCCUGGCCCGGAGCGGACGCACGGGCCCCCCGCCCGCCCUCGGGGGCAAGGAGUGCCAGCCUCUGCCCAUCGCCCGGUUCACCCGCACCCAGGUGCCGGGUGGGGUCCCGGGCCCCAAAGGCAGCCCCUCGCCCCUGGGGGUGCCCACGAAAGCUGCCGGCCUGCCCCGGAGCAAGGAGGGCCACCCCGGGGCACCCUGUGCGCUCUGGACGGCCGGCCCCGACGGGACUCGGCAGACCCGGCCUGGCCCUGGCCCGGAGCAGCCUCCGCCCAGGCCCAAACAGGAGACCAGCCCCAGACCUGGGCCCGCGGGAGGCAGCGGGGGCUUCAGCAGGAGCGCUACCCCGACGCCCACUGUUAUCACUCGGGUGGGCCCCCAGGCCCCUGCCAGCAGCAGGCAGGGGGCGGGCCUCGGGCCCCCAAAUAAGCACAGUGCCCCAGACCCCCCCAAAGCCAAAUUCAGCCCUCAGCCUCAGGGUCAGCCGCACGGGAAAGGCGAUGGGGGCACCCCUCUACCUCCCCGGGAGCCCCCCUCCAAGGCCGGCUCCAGAGGGCUCGCAGCCCCUCAGGGCCCACCCGCCCCGCACCCCGUCAAGCAGGAGCCGGCAUCUGAGGGCCCCGAGAAGCGCCUGGACCUCCUCAGCAUCUUCAAGACAUACAUCCCGAAGGACCUGGCUUCCCUUUACCAGAGCUGGGGCGCCAGCAGCCCUGUGCUCGAGCGCAGAGGGACGCUCCGGACGCAGGCCCACCAGGGAGACUUCAUCUGCGUGGAGUGUGGGAAGAGCUUCCACCAGCCCAGCCACCUGCGGGCGCACAUGCGGGCUCACACAGUGCUGUUGGAGUCUAACGGCCUCCGAGGUGCUGACGCCCACGCCACCUCCGCAGACGCCCCCAAACAAGGGAGAGACCAUUCUAACGCAGAUGCUGUCCAAACAGUGCCUCUCAGAAAGGGAACCUAGAGAUACACUUGGUCCGUUCCGGUGCCCUGACCUCGUCCGCAGCCCCCUCCUGAACGUCCCAAGACAGCCACCCUGGCCGCCCCGUGGAAGACCCCCCCAGCCGGACACCGCCUCGCAUCCUGCAGCUGCCUGCCAGAGCGGAAGCUGAAGGGGGGCUUCUUGUCAUGUGUUUAAACAUCGGCGAAGAUGCUCUUCUCAGAAGUACAUGUAGAUGUUCUCUACGCAUCCACGUGCUCACCAAUCAUAGUCCGUGCUUUUUACAGUAAGCGAGGUGUUGGCAGGCACGGUAGGGACACAGAGCAUCGGUAUCGUUCAAGACAGGUUCGAGACACUGGAAAGAUGCUCGCGUGUGUCGACAGACUGGAGCAGCCACGUGGGAUUUUGGAGGACCGCGGGGGUGACAUUGGGACUGACGGUGGGGGGCCAGGGGGGCGGGGUGCUGAUGAUGCCCCGGCCUCUCCACGUCUUAGUGCGUAUUUAAAAUAGUAAGUAAGAGGCAGGACGGGCAUUCAGGUGCUGUGGAAGCAGGCUCGAAGGGGCGGCGGGGGUGCCGGGUGACGAGGCCCUCCGUCUUCAGGGGUCCCACCGCCUGCCCCAGCUGAGUUCCCCUCCCGUCUGUGCCCAGUGAACCCGGAAGAGGUGACGCGGCCGUGGGAAGGCUUUGAUUGUGUUUCGGGAAAGAGCGCUAGUUGAACACUAAGAAAAGCAGGCUUCUUUGUUUAUUCUCAGGACCUUCUGGUAACAGGGCUACAUUCUGCAAACUGCUUACAACAGAAGACUGCCCGUCUUAACAAAUGAUCUAGCCACUGAACCCCUCCACCCGCGACCCGGACCCUUUGACUCAAGCGGGAGAACCCCUGGAGCAGGUGGGGGGCCAGGUCACCCCUGGGUCCUGGCGCUCUGGGGUCCUCCUGCACCCUCACCUUCCCGUCCAUAUGUCCCAGCAAGUAGGCGUCUUUUCUUCUCGGGCCUGGGGGCCUCCACUCGCGAGUCCCCUCGUUCCCAGACCGGGGAAGCCCCCAGGCCCGUGGGUGGGGGCGGCUUUAUAUACCUCUUCCUCAGUCACACAGCGGCAAGUUUUAGCGGGGGGUUGAGGCCCAUAAGAAAGGACCUUAAGCCUUGCAGCGUACGCAGUUAAAGUUGUAUUCCGCAGAGAUACGUGUUUUCUUUUCCCAUCGCCAUGACACUGUGUGUGAUGGCGGGGUUUCGGAGACGUUCAGGUUUUUGCACAUAGUGAUCUUAUGCAUUAUCACAAGUUACUGCUGCCUUGAAUGAAAAUGUUCUGUGAAAUUUUUUGCAAAAGCUUUACUAGGUUUUUUUUUUUUUUUAAAUUGUGACAUUUUGUAAAGGCAGGAAACGGAUUAAAACGAGCAUGCUAAAUAUAUUUUUCAAAAAAGCAAUAAUUUUACAUGUACAGAAAUUAUCCUAACCUUUAAAACUGGUGAGAGCAACAGUUUACUUAAUACAGUAAUGGAUUAGUGCAGUUUUUGUAGAAAUGGGCUUCUGAUACAAAGAGUUGUUUAAAUACACACACACACAAACCCUAAAGUGUGGUUUUCCUGUUCUAAUGAUUUGUUGAAUUAUAUUAUUAUUAUUAUUGUUAUUGUUGUUGUUCUUAGUUAAUGUUUGGUUCUGGAUUCUACUUGUUACUGAAUUUAAAUUACUUGACGGUUCAGGUUACUUUGCAGCGUUUGCAAACGAUGCAAUGUAACUGGCUAGCUUAUACCUAUAAAUAUGCAUACACGUAUGUACACACACAUAUAUAGGCAUAUAUGUGUAUGUAUAUAUAUAUAACUUUUUUACUUAUUUUUUCCUGAUAUUCUUACACCAGAUAUGUUCCAGAGUGACCUGUCGUGUUGGUGUCAUUAGGGAUGUCCGUGCAGAUAUGAUCAGCGGCUGUAAUUGACUGUCCUGUCAAGUUAUUUGAACAAAGCCACAGAGACACAUUCCUUUGUUCACACUGGGAAUCAGAAUGCCUUUCUGUCGACUUACGUUUGAUCACGUCCGUAGUCUCCCCCCCAGUGAUCAUUUCUGUAUUUUCUGGCUUUUAUUUUCUUGGCUGACAGUGAAGGGUGACAGUUCAGGGCCUGCUGUUUCUCUGUGUUUCUGUUAUUAACGGAGCUCUGUACACAAUAUGGUGCAGAGGAGUUGCUAUGUGCGCACCUUCAGAGCCACAGACGGCAUCCUGGGAGCCCCUCUGUGGGCAGCCUGCUGGAAGGGUGCUUCCUGGGGCCCUGCUGGCUGGACGCACAGCCCAAGCCAGUUGGAAACUUGUUGCUGCCCGGAGCACAGAAAUGAGGUUUUCACUUCAUUCAGCAGAAGAGGGGGUGGGGAGGCCCUCCGAGGACGCUGCCUCCGAGACGAGCCACCUGGGGCCUGACUGGUUCCUUUCCUCCACUGAUCAUCAGUAUUGUAUGGGUUUGCUCAUGCGUUGAUGUCAGUUCGACCAUAGUAUUUAAUAUGAUUUGUGUUUUACUUAUUUAUUUAGCCAGUGUGGUUUGAUUCGCCUUUUUUCAAAUGAGGAUUUCCGCGUGGUCUCUCCUGUACGUCGCCUUCCGACUGUUACAGACUUUCUGCUACCUCUCCUCCUCUGCUGUCUCCUUGUUUCUCGGCAGGAUCUUGCCGUGUUGCGUCAGAUGUAACGUAGACAAUAAAGGGUUCGGUUCUGCACCUCAGCUUCUCCGUGUGUCUCCCCCGACCCCCACCUGCGCUCCCGGCCUGCUGGUCUCACUCCUGCUCCUUCCUGCUCACGCCUCUUCCUCCUCGUCCAAGCCAAGUGACACAAAUGAUGAGCUUAUCGAGGUCUUUCAGGUUAUUCACUCUUAUCCCUUAACUUGAAGAAUGAGCAUUUCGAUCCUCUGGACACUCAGCCGUUCAGCACCUUCUCCGGGCGUGCGUCCGCUGUCCUGUCUCUCCUUUCCCUUGGCUCCUGGGAGGCCUGGGGCCGUCUCAGACGGAUGCGUUUCCCCUGGGCUGUGACACAGUCCAGAUCCUCAGGCCAAGGGGGUGGUGCCUCCUAGGCUUUGAGAAGUACCCAGUGCUUUAAGAGCUGCCUCCCCAUGGCUACUUAUCUUUUAAACCAAGAAAGACACUCCCUUUCAUGAAGAUGCUCCGGGAAACGGCCCCAGGAAUGACAGAGGCCACUUUGGUGACGUGAGGGAGGUUUGUGCCCAGAUGUCAAGAGCGCUCCGUCCCAGGUUGUACACAGACGCCCCCAGGAUGUGAGCUAUCACCCAGCUGCAUCUCUGGGCUGUAGUCAGGCACGCACAGGCCGCGGGUGCGGAGGCCUGUGCCGCCUCCUUGGGCCGCCGGUGCAGGCUGAGGCACCUUCUGUCCACCAGGAGUCAGUGUAGCCCGCAGGGUGGCAGGUCUAGUUAGAGCGAGGUCACAGCUGCACGGAGACCUCCUGGUGUCUCACGGGGAGACUCUCUUCACCCACAUUCCAUCUUUAAAGCAGGCAAACACCCCCCUCCUCGCCCUGCCCCCGGAGGUCUGAGCAACGCACAGAAAACAGCUGGGUCUCCCCAGGUUUGCUUUGCCACUUUCCAAAUGUCUCCAGACCUGAAGUAGCAUGUAUUGUUCCACUGCUGCUCACCUGGGUGAGCUCAAAUCACAGGACAUUUUAUACACGGAGCAGAAAGGGAGAGAGGAAAACGACAGGCCAGGACUUCAGGCGAUGGUUCAGGUGCCCCCGUAAGCGUGUCUUUGUGGAAUGACCGAGAGAAAAUGUUCAUUCUUCAACUUUGCUAAUUAUGCUUUGAGGCAGUGAAAUGCAAAAGACCACAGAAUUUGUAUUUCUUUUUUUAAAAUACAAUUUAUAACAUUAUAUUUUGUACUCUUUAUAUUAGAAUUUGUAACUAGAUUGAUGUAUUUAACUCUAUUUCUGAAAAAGAUAAUUCAAUGUUUCAGUUGUGUGAUAAAAAUAUUUAGAUAAGACAUAUUCAUUUUAUUGGAAAUUGAAAUCAAUAAAAACAUCUUGGAGUUCUUGA